AUGGGUGCUCUAGCAGAAACAAAUCAUAUAGGAGAUGCUAAUAUUCACCUAGUUUCAAUCACAAAUGGCAUGGAACCUGGUGCAAAUAGAAAUGAUCGUGGUAAAUUACAUGACACAAUGUUGGAUACCGUGCUCAUGAAGCUUGAAGAGCUGAUAAACACAAUCCAUAGGUUAGGUGGUGAAGAAAUUACCAGUGUUAUUGCUGAUGAGAGUCUUGGGUGGGCUCUGGAAGUUGCUGUGAAGACGAGAAUCCGACGAGUUGGCUUCUCUCCAGCAUCAGCUGCAAUGUUGGCAAAGUUAUUCAGUAUCCCAAAACUGAUUCAAGAGAAAUUAAUUGAGCUUGAUGGUCAGAUUAACAUCAAUAGUGUCUUAAUCAAGUUGAUGAACCUCACAAAUUUACUAUUCAUACAAAACCAUAUGCCCAACUCAAUGCUUUAUUGA